GAGAACAUGGUUGCCAACCUUUUUGAAAAAUUCAGAAUAUUUUUGGUUUCUUCAUUGUAAAAAGAAUAGAAAAGAAAGUAUUGAAGAUUAUUAUUUGAUGGAAGUCAAAUGAAAAAAAAGAUUUAGGAAAAUUUGUAUAGGUUAUAUUAACAAAUUCAUAAAAACGCAUUGUUGAAUAUUUGCGUCCUUCCUCCUUCUACCAUUAUUUGUUUAUUGUUCACCUUGUAGCAUGUUGAUGUGAGGAAGUGAAUUAAUAAAAUCAGUAGAUUUUGAUAAUACCAGUCAGAUUAAAUACCAUUCAUUUUGUAUUUAUUUUGAUUAGUGAUCGCAAAGCUAUGCGCAUCAGCGCACUCUGUCUAAUAAUCCAUCUUCCCGAACUACUAAAGAUGUCUUAGGACAAUGCCAUUUUGGUAUUGUGUUUAUUAAUGUACAAUCUAAAAACCUAAUUUAUAGUGUUUUCGGGGUGUGCAGUGUAGCUUAAAGGGACAGAGACAUCAAAAAAAUGAUAUUUGCAGAAUAGGUUCCUGGUAAACGCACAUCCAGCUAGUGAAAAAUCGCUGACAUCCAAUGUCCCUGUAGUUCGUUUAUCUGCGAAAUUCUAUACGUUACUAUAGCAAAAACUAUGUGUGGUAUGAGUAAAAAUGAACUUUAACUUUUUCCGCUGUCGAAAAGCAUAUUAAAUGUUCGAUAUUUCGUUGAAAAUGGCUCGUGCCGGGUUAAGAAACAGACGGCCAUGGCCGCUUAUUUGAAUUCGUACAUAUAAACAAACAGAACAGGCCCAUUUCAAAUUGAAAAACAAUGAUAUAGUCGGCUUGAAGAAGAGUACUCUUGCACGAUGGAUCCAGUGCUUUCCAGAUUGGGAGGCGGAGUUACAAUACAGAGACUUGAAAAGCCCAAAAAUGCCACCCAAAAGGAUUCUGCUGGUAUGGACAAGCCCUCGGAGAAACCGAAAGAAACCUUGCAAAACCCUGACGAGAGUGAAGAUGAGUUUCCACCAAUCCCUAACCUGAAACGAAACCAUGAACUGAACCUGCCUUCUACAGUAUCUGUGAAGAAGAUAAAGUUAGAUGAACCCCAUUUAGAGAAGAAACCCUCAGAAGAUAUGAUUCUCAAUAACUUUAGUGAGACUGAAAUAUCAGAUUAUGAUACUGAAUCUGAUAUUGAUGAAUCUGGUAAUGAACUCGAUGACUUAGCAGCCCAUGAAGUAUUAAAUCAGAAAGUGUUGGAGAAGGUAGCAGAGGAAUCUCAGAUGGGCAAAGAAGACUCUGAUGAAGAUGAAGGCAGCAAUAGUGACUCAUUCUUUGAGAAAUUGGUAGAGCAGGCAGAGGUUCCUGCAUCAAGUAGCACCAGUCCGCCAAUACAGCCAAAACAAGAGCCAGAAGACGAUUAUGAAGUGGAUAUCAAAGAAAAACUGAAAGAAAUGGGGGAGAUCAGCUUUGAAACAGUAAAAAAAGGAGAGAAACCUGUCAAGAAGACUGAAGCACCCACUGAAAAUGAAGUUGUGGUUACUCCAGCUAAAAAGUUUGGUGCAGAUGGCGAGGAACUGCCAGCCAAUCUUCCAAAGGGCAUAGCACUGCGUCGCAACAUUCGCGAGGUGAUGGACGAGACGAAACUGGACGAGUCAACUUUGGCAGCUCAAAGGCAAGAAGCGGAACGAUUGCGGAGAGUACAGGAACAACAACGGUUACUGAGAGAGCUGCAGCGACAGGCGGCGCUAGAGAGGAAUCAGCAGAAAGUCAUGGAUAUGCUGAAAGGAGGAAGUGCCGCACACCGCUUUCCAAAAGCCGGUUCGUCAAGUCGGAUUGGUAACACAGUGCUGGUUAAAUUGCCAAAUGGUCAGACCAAACCGAUGACAAGACUGCCAAAACGUCCCUUUGAAUUGCUCAGAGUGCCAAAGUCUGGAGCACCUUAUCCUCAUCACCCUGGAUACAAAGGACCAAGAGCCAUGAUGCAGCAUCCGAGACCGAAAGGCGCAGAACUGACUCCUUCAGUGAGCAUAGCUCCGGUAUCUAAAAAAUUCAUGCCGCCAAUGCAGAGGCACAGCGACAGCGAUAGCGAAGGAGAGGAGAUGAAAAAAUACAUGAUGGACGCGCAGAUGAGGCAUGGGAUGAAAAGUGAGAUACCUCCUGGCGGCAGACCUCCAGUGCAAACGAUCGACAUAUCGUCAGACGAUGACUGCGUCGUGGUCUCCGAACCUGAAUGUGAUAAUGAAGAACCUGAUCAGGAUGAUCCGGCAAAUUCUGGAAUGCAUACCAACGAUGAAUUCAACCAACCUGACGAACAAGGAAGGGUCCUGGUGAACGUAGGCCAUCCCGAAGAGGAGCCCGACGUGUUCGUGGCGCCGCAAAUAUCGCGCAUCAUCAAACCCCAUCAAAUCGGCGGCGUCCGCUUCCUUUACGACAACGUCGUGGAGAGCAUCAACCGAUUCGGCAGUUCCUCGGGGUUCGGAUGCAUCCUGGCGCAUUCGAUGGGCCUGGGCAAAACGCUGCAGAUCGUCACGUUCUCAGACGUCUUUCUCAGGUAUACGCCGGCCAAGACGAUACUAUGCAUUAUGCCGAUCAACACGUUGCAGAACUGGAUGGCCGAGUAUAAUAUGUGGUUGCCGAUUGCGGAAAAUGCGCCAAACAGUCCGCUAAACGCACAUGGCGAGGUGCGACCUCGUAACUUCAACCUGCACGUACUGAACGAUAGUCAUAGAACGUUGAUUGCGAGAGCGGCAGUGAUUCGAGAAUGGCGAUCAAACGGUGGCGUUCUACUGAUCGGUUACGAACAGUUCAGGCUGUUGAGCUUGAGAAAAUUCCCAAAAUCGAGGUCGAAAAAGGCCAUGUCUAUGGAAGAGGGACCGCCCGAGGAUACUAAGAAUAAAAUGCUUUUUGAUGAGGUGCAAGCAGCUUUGGUCUCACCGGGUCCAGAUCUCGUAAUCUGCGAUGAAGGGCAUCGUAUAAAAAAUUCGCACGCGUCCAUAUCGCAAGCUCUGAAGCAAAUGCAAACCAAAAGACGUGUCGUUUUGACCGGUUACCCUUUGCAAAAUAAUCUCAUGGAGUAUUGGUGCAUGGUCGACUUUGUUCGUCCAAACUAUUUAGGUACGAAAACGGAAUUCUGCAAUAUGUUCGAAAGGCCGAUUAUGAACGGCCAAUGUAUCGACUCUACGGAGGCUGAUAUCAAACUUAUGCGAUAUAGAGCGCACGUGUUGCAUUCACUUUUGCUAGGUUUUGUCCAAAGACGGUCCCACACAGUCCUUCAAACAGCGCUUCCCCAAAAAGAGGAGUACGUCCUGUUGAUCCGAAUGACGCCGUUCCAGAGAAUGCUCUACGAAACUUUCAUGAAUGAAGUCGUGCGAAUUCAAGCCACUCCGAAUCCUUUAAAAGCGUUUGCUGUCUGCUUGAAGAUAUGGAAUCAUCCCGACGUGUUGUAUAAUUUCCUGAAAAAGAGAGCUGGCGGAGAGGCCGUCGAUAUAGAUUUGGAAGAGGUGGGCAACGUGUUGGUAAACAAAGAAUCGAAACCGGCAAAGCGCGGCCCCGGCAAGCCACGCAAAACCCCGGCGAAAGGGAAAAACGGCAAACCUGCCGCGUCUGUCACACCGUACAACAGCCAAACGGACCAUCCAACUCCACCUCCUCCGGCCGCAACUGGCGCACAACCGACGACAACUUCCACCUCUGGCCCUUUAACGUCCUUCGCCAACACCAUCACUUCCCAAUCGUCGAACAACUUCGCGAAUCAAACCGAUUCGACGUUCCCGAACUUCGCCGACAGCAGUCCCUAUUACGAGCAGGAGUUCGAUCAGAACGCGCAGUUCCCGUCGACUUUCCCGAGCGCGAACAGCAACUUCAACCAGAACUUCCAGAGUCCGAUACACUUCAACAGCGAUUCCGAAUCGGCCAGUCAGAAUCAGAAAAGUAUCCUGAAUCUGGACAAUCAGACAACUUCCACCACAACUCCGAAUAACCUGGCGAAUCUGCCGUCGGGGAUUUCUCUAACUCCGCUGAGUUCGAAACCGAAAGAGAGUCCGAGUAGCAGCGUGUCUCUUACGCCUCUCACGAACACCACCAGCAAUGCUUUGGCAUCUUUGCAGAAUAUGCAGAACGAUAGUACUUAUAUGGAAAUUGGUCAAAUCGACAAGCAGGAGAAUAGUUUUGUCCAACAAACCAAUCAAAACAAAACUUUCGGCGGCGAUAUGCAGACCCAAGCGAAUCAGCAACUGCCCGGCUUCAACAAUUUCGACCAGAACAACUUCUGGAACCAAGACGGAUGUUUCGAACCGAACUAUUUCGGCAUCGGAAACGCCAGCAAUAAUUCCUGGAUAAAAAAAGAGGACACCAGCACCAAGACGAAUCUAGUUAGUCCGAAAAGCGAGGCGAGCCAAGAGUCGAAACCUAAAAUCAACAUAAUCAGCGAUAUCAAACUGCCGCCGAUCACAAAUCCAGGCAAAAGGAUAAACAUUAUCAGUGAUAUUAAGAUAGAACCGAAAAAAGAAGAACCGGACGUGAAAAGUGAGAUUAAGACUGAAAGUAAUAGCGAUGUUAUGGCAGUGAAAGAUGAGUUGAAGACGGAAGUGAAAAGUGAAGUUAAGGUCGAAGAGAAUCCAUUCAUGAAGAUGAAUCCUCUACAGUUGAAGGAGUCAAAGGAAGAUAGUGGAAUACCUUAUGAUUGGGCGAUUGAUCUACUGAAAAACUACGUACCCGGUUGCAUCGAGAACUCGGCCAAGUUCGAAAUCCUGUUCUGUAUAAUAACAGAAAGCAUCCUUCUGGGCGAUAGACUGUUACUUUUCAGUCAAUCUCUGAUCACGUUAGACCUGAUUGAGCAGUUUCUGCAAGCCAGACAAGUUCCAGGCGAGACGGUGCACUGGGCGCGAAACGUGAGCUACUAUCGCUUGGACGGGUCGACGAGCGCUCUCGAACGCGAGAAACUGAUCAACGAGUUCAACUCUAACCCGAAGAUCCACCUGUUUUUGGUGUCGACGCGCGCUGGUUCGCUGGGCAUCAAUCUGGUCGGCGCCAACAGGGUGGUCGUUUUGGACGCCAGCUGGAACCCCUGCCAUGAUACGCAAGCCGUUUGCAGGGUGUACCGGUACGGACAGCGGAAACCGUGUUUCGUUUAUAGAUUGGUCGUUGAUAAUUGCUUGGAGAAGAAAAUAUACGAUAGGCAGAUCAAUAAGCAAGGUAUGUCGGACAGAGUAGUGGACGAGUGCAACCCGGACGCCCAUUUAACGAUGAAAGACGUCAGCACGCUUUGUUGGGACGAUAAGAAAGACGACGGCGAACCGAAAGAUUGGUCGAACGUCAGAGAUAAUUAUAUCGACGUCGUGCUACAGAAAGUGCUCGAGAAGCACGGGUUGGCGCUCAACAAGGAGCCCUUUCAACACGAAUCGUUGCUGGUCGACAGGAAGGAGAAGCAACUGUCCUCCCAGGAGAAAAGGCUAGCCAAAAAAGGUUACGAACGAGAAAAGCAAGCCGCUCGUCAACCUGCGUACAGCCUUUUGGGCGGCGUGAGAGGGGGGCAUCGGCCAGUGGCUUCCGUCAGGCCGAUGCAACAGGGAGAAAGGCCUUCCAGAUGGAUCCCUGCGGAACACUGGCAGCGUCAAGGCAUGACGGCGCAAGAGAUGACGCUGCCUCUCGACGUUGUCAUUCCGACCAAUCAGCCUGAAAAAGGGAAUAUCGUACUUAAGGCAGGGCAGAAGGUGUUGGUGUUGAAAUCUCCGAAAGGCGUUUACAUGCAGCUGGAAAGCGGAAAGAUAGUUGCUAUAAAGACUGCAAUCAAAGCCAAAGAAAAACACGAUGAAGGAAUGAUGGACCCCACAAAAGCUUUGAAGCUGCCACCUCUCCCGAUUUUACCUCCCGCAAUCAAAGCAACUCCUCACAUGGGUCAAAAGCGCAACCCAGUGAAACCGUUCACGCCUGGCGCGACCAAAUUCGGCGUGCAAAGCGUGCAGAAGAACGUCCCGAAUUUGGUGUCCAGGAUAAAAAGUAUCACGAAGAAAAUGGAAUCGACCGCUGUCGGUGUCAAAGAUGCGGGGAAUAAAAAGAAAGCCGUCGAUAUCGGCAACGAGAUCGCCAAGAGCCUCAGGAGGGAUGAGAAUAUGCCCAAUAGCAGCAGCGAUGAGGAGCAUCCUCCAACUCCGUCUCACCCUCAUCAUUCUCCGGAAAAAUAUAAACCUGCUACCGGCGGCGUCCAUUCCGCGUCCCCGUCUCCGUCGAAAGCGCCGCCGGAAAGUCCCGACGACGAAAUCCAAAAAAGGAUAUCGCUUUUGAAGAAGAACAUAUCCAUUCAGAGGGUGACGAAUCAUCAGCAGCCGCAGCAACAAGCGAAGGCGACGCCCUCUACGACGGCCGGCGGUUCGAACGUAGUGCCGAAACAACAGGUGGCGCCACCCGCGCACCAACACCAUCAGCAGAAAAUCGUACCUGCGCUAUCGCGGCAUGCGGAUGUCGGAAGGGAGGAAGACAGUUCGGACGAGAGUAUGAGGAAUAGCAUCGAAGAGGAAGGCGCCGCCACCGCUUUUCAGGACACGUUGGAUAGCAUAACGAGCGCGUUCCACGCGACAGGCGACGACCAUUUCGAAGACGAUGAAGAGGACGACGUUUCGGAAACGUCAGAACUAGAAGCAGCCGGAGCUGAAAUAGUCGAAGAGGAGGAAGAACCGGUAGCGGAAAUGGAAACGGCGGGAGGCAAACAUCACGACCAGAACGACGUCAGCGAUCACAGCGAUGAUGUGACUUACGUUUCGGAACAGGGAGGAUACGAUACUGGCGGUGCCGGAACGCAGUCGCAUUAUCAGUCGGCACAACAAGCGGGCACUACUUCAGAACAUCAGGCUGCGAAGGUGGACGGUACUGGACAGGAGUACCAAGGGUAUAAUUACAAUUAUGGAUACAAUGUGCCGUACCAUGGACAUCCGCCACCACCGCAAGGUUACGGUUACCCGGCAGCGCAGGCGGCAGGCGGAACAGGUCACCAACAGCCGGCUCCCGCUUACGACAUGAUGAACACAUACGGCGGUCAUCCCGCAACUGCACCAGCGGCGGCGACGGUUCCGCCCCCCCCUCCCCAAUACAACUACGGCGCGUACGGAGCAUACCCUCAUCCGCAACCGCCCCCGCAACAUUAUCCGCCGCCUCCGACCGCCACAGGGUACGAUUACAACGCGACUGCGCCGCCCCCGACGCAGCCGAUGUACGCGCCACACCCGCCGGCGUAUCAUCAACCGUACGCGCCACCGCCGCACCCACCGCAUCAGUAUCCGCAAGGUGGUAUGUACCCGCCGCCACCUCCAAGCGCCGCCCCAACAUACGCUGGCGACUACCAACAGUAUCACCACCAACAGCCGGGGGUGGCGCCUCAAGCGCAGCCUCAAACCCAGCAACAACAGCAACAGUACUACCAAACCACAUAAGUUGAUCCAGAUACAUUUCGUGAGAUUCUAAUCAUUUGGUGAUUCAUACCAGUGCAAUGCUAUCAUUAUAGAAUGUAGACCGUUCCUAAGAAUUCCAUCGAAUCUAGGCAUCUACUAUUCCCGAUAAAGGAGUUGAUUGACUCACAGACAAAUUUUCCACAGACUGUCUUAUGUCAAGAUAUGAGAAAUGGUAACAGAUAUAAGCGGUUUUGAGUUUAUAUACGUAGGGUGUUUUCUAAUUGAUUAUUAUUAUUAAAGCUGUCGAUUUAUAGAGCUGUUUUAUGAAGAAAACUUCAGAUGAAUGCAUGUUCUAAACAUCUUCAUUUUUGGGGUACACAAGAUAUACGUUAAUAUUGAAGUUUUCUUUUUAAAAUGUACCCAAAAAUCGCCUCCAUUAAUAUUGACAUUCAAUUAUGUGAGUUUUAGACUGAACGUUUUACCCUCGACUGACUUUGAUGUAAACUUGAACGAUUCACUGAAAGACGUUAUUGCAAUAUAGAUCGUUUUAAUCUAUGUAAUAUGUCACUGUUCCGCAUAGCUGUGUGUUAUCAUAAAUAGGUCAGUUUGUAAGAAAAAUGAGACUCAAAUUAAAAACGAAAUAAAAUAAAUUUUCAUAUUUACACACUGACCUACAAUUGGGCGUUCGUGUUCCAGUAUUAUAUUGACAUCUUUCGUCCAAGGAUUCCACUUGUUAUAAUAAGCAUAAUCUAAACCGCAAUCCUUAUAACGUAACUGGGCAGUUUCAGUUCACUUGACGUGUUGAAGAAGUAUCCAUAUGUGCUAUAUUUUGAUGCGAGGAAUGUUUAGAUUUUUAUAUUGGUAUUUGUGAUAUGUUGGAUAUAAAGUUGUGAAAAUAACAAAAAACGUUUCUUUUUUUCCCAAACUCCCACUGCACUGACACAUUACAAAUAUCAAUAAAAUAAAUCAUAAUAUUGGCUCAUCCUUGGUAUUAAUGGGUCUGUAAUUGAAUCGGUCAGGGCAAAGACUACCUAAAUCUAUUCUUUCUUCAUUAAUUAUGAACCUAAUAGUAUUGCCACUUAAAUGUUCGCCUAUUGAGAUACAUUUUAUUUUUAAAACCUCCUUUACCGGACUGCAACGUCCAUUACAGUUUUUCUGUCUUUUACUGUCAUUAUUAUUAAUAAAUCGUGAAUGUAAUUCGACAUUUCAAUCUGGUUUAUUCAUUAGUGAUACAUCUUUAUAGCCCCUCUGAAAAAUUCAAAUUACGCGACUUGCGAGGUUUUUGCAAUCGGUCACGAUUCAGCUAUUCCAGUUAUUUUCCUUAUUUGUAUAAAGUAGUGUAUAAGUUGAAAAUGUGUCACUAGUGAAAUAGUCCAGUAAAAGUUAACUCAACACUGGCGAUGACGCAUAUCAUUUUCUGGUAAAUCCAGAUAGAUUUUGUUUAGUGGAAAAGGAAAAUAUUCGUAUUUUCGUUGAUGUGAUUCUUAAAAAUAAUUUGCUCCGUUUCAAAAUCGGCCGCCAUGUGAAAAUGUAUGCGUAUGGAAUCGGCAAAUAUGCUUGUAGUGUUCCUACCCCGAGUAUCGUGCAUAAUAUUCAAUGUAAUCCCUGAAUAUUUGAUUUUCUUGUAACAAGAUGGUUAGGUAGAAUAUGGAACUGAAUUUCUUAAUGGUUAAAUAUGUUUUAUCAAUUAAUUUUAUGGCAUUUAAUUCAUUAUGACAGUGAUAAUUUACUGUUAAUGUUAAGAAAAAACGAGCUGAUUUUGCUUUAGAAAUGUAAUUAUUUAUUUUUCAUUGACAAAAUUUUAUUUUCUUUGUACAUAAUGUCAUCUAGAGGUUUAUGAUAAAUUCGGAAGUAAGUAGAUAUAAUUUUUUGUAUAUUAUUUUUCCUCCUACAUUUGUAUUUUUUUCCUCAUAAUAUA